AUGAGGAAGGGAAUUCCAGUUGCCAUAAUUACAGGUGGUACUCGUGGGAUUGGCAAAGCCAUUGCCAAGAAGUUGUCGUUACAAGGUAUGAGUUGCAUCUCUAUCGGUUCAUCCCUUUCCAGCAUCAAUGCCAUCGACAUCAAUGACCAUUUACACUUCACAUCACCGGAACAGAGACACAGAUCUAUGGCGAUUGAUUUAACAGAUUGGCCUAAUUGGACCACGCAGACGAGAAAUAGCAAGAAGUUAACUUUCCCAGGGUAUGAAUACACAGAUGACUUACAAAGACGAUUUCACGAGAAUAUACCUCUUUUUGAAGAGAUUUGGGACAAAAAUGCAAGUAAUACAAACUAUUAUGUGAACUUGCUGGUUAAUUGUGCUGGUAUAACGCAAGAUUCCCUAAGUUUAAGGACAUCCACUGAUGAGAUCUCUCAAAUAAUGAACAUCAAUUUCUUAAGUUGUGUGUCCCUUAGUAAUUUUGUCUGCAAGAAGAUGAUACGAUCCCAAAACUUAUUCAAAAGAGGUGAAAUGGCACUUGAUCAUGAACUACCUAAACCACCACCACCUUGUAUUAUAAACAUCUCAUCCAUCCUGGGAGAGGGAACCAUCCAAGUGCCCGGCACAUCCAUCUACUCUGCUUCGAAGGCCGCAUUGAUCCAGUACACAAGAACGCUAUCACAGGAGACAGAGACGUGGGGCAUACGUGCCCUAUCAAUGGCUCCCGGUCUAGUUACAGACACAGACAUGAUUCAGGAGAUGGACCCUCAAACAAGACAGCAAUUGAAUUUAUUAAUGGGACUAAAUUGUACUACUAGUGAUGUCGUGGCAGAUGAUAUAUGGGAUCGCUAUCUACGGGGACAAUGA